ACUGUACCACCAUGGACAAGUUUGUAACUGUACUCAAGCCUGCGCGCUCCUCUCUCAAGGAAAAGGAGAAAUGUACAAACUCAUCACGAUUUACUCCAUAUCCUACUUUAAAACCAAAGAUCGAUAAGAACCUGAACCUCCCCAAUGAAAUGUCGAAGUCAAACUACCCAGAGGCUGUGGCACAAGAUAAGGCGCGCUUGCGCCAACUCAUGGCCCCUCUUAAAAAAGACGGUACCUCCAAACCCUCUGCUGGGGAAAUCACGAGGCACCUACUGAACACUCUUGCCGAUGAGUCAAAUCCAAUUACUCAUUCUAAUAUAUAUGAACGUUCAGAUUAUGUUGUUUCGGCCGCAUCAGGCCACCAGCGCUCCGACAGACGUGGUUGCGGGCAUAACCGGGGGUACAUUGACGAGCGCUCUGAGAAGCUAGAAGUCCAGAAGCAUGAGAAUGCACACGACUUAUACCCAGGAAAAAGAGACGAAACAGAAGGGAAAAGGGGUGUGCUGAGUGGUGUACGCGUCUAUAUCGGUGGCUACCUUGCGGGAACAACCGACAUCGAGAUGAAGCGGAUAGUUUCUGGCGCUGGCGGUGUCACGUUGCUUUCCCCUAGCGGCGCUACGCAUAUUCUCACGUCGCAACAACUCUCAGGUUCAAAGACUCAUAAACACCUCGUGUCAAAGCGCGUACCUGCACAUGUAGUGCAGCCUGAGUGGGUAUUCGAGAGUGUGAGGGCAGGCCGCAGAUUGCGCGAGUGGGAGUUUACGGCCAUUAAGCCCGGGAACACUAUGGAUUUGGAAAAGAUGUUCGGGAAGGGGCUGUGACUGGGAAUAUUUUCAAGGCUGGUCCUCAUUGUGUGCUGAUCUAGAGAAUGUACCGAUACCAAUGAUUUAUUGUUAUUUUUAUUCCAAUUGCUAUUUAACGC